CCUAAAUCACUGCUUUCUGCUCUGCCAAAGUUGUUAAAAAGAGCUGUCGACAUAUAUCCACUCUGAGGAAAUUCUGCUGGAAAACAAAUGUCUGAAAUAGAGAGGAGAUUUCUUGGUACUUUUUUGUUUUGGGCAACUCAAAAAGGAAGGAUUAAGGAUGGGAGAUUGCGAGGACAUGGAAUGCAAGUCGGAAAUACUGUUUCGGGGACAAGGGCAGACUUAUCUUCUGCUGAAGUCAAAGAAGGUUAUGAGUUUCUCCUUUCAUUGGUUCCAGGGAGGUGGCCUUUACCAAAUUUAUGCUGCCCAUUGUUUCAGAAAUUCAUUGAAUACAUCCUUCAGAAUGUGAAGGAUCUUCUCAUCAACAAGAAAGAUUUGGACAAGUUUGUUCUUCUGAAGAAAGAGUUUCAAGUCCUUGAAGAAAGUCUAAAAUAUCUUAAAACCUUCCUCAAUUUCAUAAAAGAUGCGGGAAUGGAGCUAGAGAAAUCCAAUAUUCUUUUUAAUCAUAUUGAGGGCAUCACUGGGAAGGCUGCUUACAUAUGUUACCUCUGUUAUGUGGAAGAAAUGGAUGGAGAUUCAGCAUCUGAGUUGACACUUCAAAUCUCUCAUGUUUUGAAAGAUAUCAAGCCCAUUGAACCUCACGUUGCAGAAAUCUAUACUGGAGCUCUACGAGGUUUAGUUAAAUUUCAAAUCCAAUACAGCCGGGAUGUGAUAGAAUUUGUUGAAGGUUUUGUUCAUUUCAUCUUCAAGGAUUUGUUGGAAUUAUCAAAUGGUGAUGAGGCAUGUUCUUUGAUGCUUCCUCUUGAAAAGGAUCAAAUCAAAAGCCUGGUCCAAGCAUCAAAGCAAUUGGUAACUUUGCUCAUUUUUCCACCUGAAGAUCUAUAUGUUAUCCAGGAAAAAUUGAGUGACAAACUUACUUGCAUUGAAGGUCUGAUUGCUGAGGUAGCAUCUGCUGCUUACUCUUUCUCCAUUGAGAAAGCGGCAGAAGUUAACUCGGUAUUUGCUGACUUGUUAAAAAAGAUUGAUCAUGUCAUGGAGGACCUAAAAGACAUAAUUUUGGAAGAUCCAGUGUCAUCAAAAUGUAAUUUUCCCAGGACAAAUGGAUUGGGCUUUAUUGAUUCCCUCUUACUCUACCUGAAAGAGCUGCUGCAAGAGGGAAAGUGUGAUUCUGUUGUCAAGCAUCUUAUUGAAGAAGCUCAGGAGGAGUUAUAUCUCUUAAGAUCCUUCUUGAAUGAAGUUGAGAAGAAAAAACAUGAGUUUGAGGAGGUGAAGAAACACGACCUUUGGACAGAAGUCAUAUCUCUGGCAUACCAGACAGAAUGCAUGAUUGAUUGCCUCGUUACCGGAGAUUAUCCUGUUUGGUAUCUACAUUUGUUAUGUAAGAUCACAACAGAAACUAAGGUUGUCACGGAUCAUUUGAAAGAGUUCCAUGAUACAAUUAUGCGAGAAGUUGAAGUCCCUAUCGAAGAACAAGCACCAAAUCCUGUCAGACAAGUAGUUGAGACUACACAACUUGAUGAGGUAAUGGUGGGUUUUAAGGAAGAGGCUGACUUGCUAAUCGAUCAGCUCACUAUAGGACGAAAGGACUUGGAUAUUGUGUCUAUUGUAGGGAUGCCUGGUCUUGGAAAGACUACGCUAGCAAAGAAAGUUUUUCAUGAUGAGAAUAUAAGGCGUCAUUUUGACGUCCAAGCUAUGUGUUGUGUUUCUCAAACUUAUGACAAAAGAAAGUUGUUGCUUGGAAUUUUGAAUCAAGUUAAAUGUUCCAAUCAACAGAAUGAGAAAAAUCCAGCAGAUGCUUUGCGGAAAUUUCUGUUAGGAAAGAAGUACCUUCUCUACAUUGAUGACAUAUGGAGUGUUGACACAUGGGAAUACUUGAGCAGAUGCUUACCGGAUGAUAAAAACAGAAGCAGGAUUUUAUUAACCAGCCGAAACAUUGAUGUGGCUUCCGAAAUUAAACGCGAAAAAGAACCUCUUGAACUUCGUUUUCUUGAUGAAAAUGAAAGUUGGGAACUAAUGAAAAUCAAGCUGUUCAGGGAACAAACUUGCCCACCAGACCUAUCAAAAGUAGGAGAAAACAUCGCGAGAAAGUGUAAAGGACUACCUCUCCUUGUGAUUUUGGUUGCUGGAGUUUUGUCUGGGAUAAGCAACAAUGUGGAAAGUUGGAGAAGAAUUGCAGAGAGUAUAAAGUUAGAUACUGUUACUAGUGCAAAAGAGUGCAUGGAGGUUAUAGAACUGAGCUACAAGCACUUGCCAGAUCAUCUCAAACCCUGCCUUCUUUAUUUUGCGUCAUUUCGGGAGAGUGAAGAAAUUCCAUUCUCAAACUUGGCGUGGUUAUGGACUAUUGAGGGAUUGGUGCCAAACAUAGAGGUAGAAAGUGUAGAGCUUGCUGCAGAAAGCUUACUGAAUGAUCUCAUCGGUAGAAGCUUGAUAAUGGUGAACAAGAGAAGGUCCACUGGAGGAGUCAGAACAUGCCACAUUCAUGAUAUGUUACAUGAUUUUUGUGUUACAAAAUCUAAGGAAGAGAAGUUUAUGCAGCUAACAAGCACCGGUAAGACUGAUCUGUCUAGUUCCUUUUAUGAGCACCGGAGGCUUUGCAUUCAUCAUAGCCUUUAUUGGGCAGGGAAGAUUGGAAACCUGGAAGUUCGGUCUGCAUUCUUCAGACCCCCGAAAUCUGGCUGCCAGGAAUUUUUUGAUCUCGAGAACUUUAAACUAUUAAGAGUGCUACAAAUGGAAUGUCCUAUGUCGGACAGUUCAUUCCAGAGAUCAAAAGAGCUGAUCCAUCUGAAGUACUUUGGAAUCAAAGGUUAUAUGGUAUCUAUGCCAUUCUGGAUAUCGAACCUUUCAAACCUAGAGGUAUUGGUUGUAAUAACAGUAGGCAGUGGCACCAUUCUUCCGAUGACCAUCUGGAAUAAUAUGCCAAGGUUAAAGCAUGUCCAUGUUGAACCUGUUGGAUCUUUUGAUGGACACAUUCCUUGCAUAUCGACAAACAUAUGUUGCAUAGAGACCUUAGCCACAGUGUCUCUCACUAAUAAGCUAGCAGACUACAUGAUCAACAAGGCAAGCAGACUACGAAAGCUCAAGUGCCACUGUAAAGAGCCUCUCAAACUCAACUUAGAUACUCUUCAACUUGAAACACUCAGUGUCAACGGUAAGAUUUUAAAUUUCAUCUUGCCCGCGACACUAACAAAGCUAACUAUAUCAGAUGUUUUGUUGCCACAAAGUGAAUUGUCUAAUAUUGGUAGAUUACCAAAUUUAGUGGUUCUCAAGUUGGAACAUAGAGCAUUUCAGCAUGAAACAUGGGAUAUUAAGGAUGAAGAGUUUCCGACCCUCAAGGUUCUUAAAUUGAAAUCCCUUAAAAUUACAACAUGGAAUGCCUCAGAUGAGUCCUUUCCCAAUCUUGAACAGCUUCUGGUAGAAAACUGCUUUCAUCUUCAAGAAAUUCCUUGUAUGGUUGGAGAUAUUGUUAAUCUAAAGAUAGUUGAAGUGAAACGAUGUCGUGAGUCUCUUGAAAAUUCAGUCUUGGAAAUUCAACAAGUGCAAGAAGGAUAUGGAAAUGCAGAGCUCAAGGUCCUUAUUUACCCCUUGCAUAUAAAAAACUGCAACACUGGUUCAACAGAAAUGGAAGAUUGUGAUUGAAGGAGGAUUCAGUGUUUCUCUUAAGCUGUUUAUGCACAAUCAUAUCCAGCUACAUGGAUAAUUUUUUCUUGUUUUUUGAGUUUUGUGUGUACUUCAAAAUAAUUUCUUUCCAUUGACAUAUGCAUUGUAUUAUAUGAUAU